UCAAAGUAAUUAAUUAUGAAUAGUGUAAUAAAAGGUUAUCAAUUUUGUCUUGCAUCCAACUACUUUGCCAAAUUGUCUUAUUAAGUAUAACAAUAUUUAAUGGGGCUACUUUGAUUUUAUAUGUAAUCAUAUCGUCUGAAAACAAUGAUAAACUUGACUCUUUUCCAGCUUCAUGAUUUACUUUUUUUGGGUGAUUUUUUGAUAUUAUGUAGUACUUCUGAAAUAAUGUUGAAAAUAAAGGCAAUGGCAUGUAUCCCUGUCCAGUUCUUUAUUUUAAAGUCAGUGUUUCCUGCUGUAUAAAAUGACAUUUGUUGUUGGGUUUUAAGUAGGUUUUAUCACCCUUGGGUUGUUUCCUCUUUAUCCAUUUAUAGCUGCUGUUGAAAAUCUCUGCUGAAUUUUAUCAAAUAUCUUUUAAGUAUCUAGUUAUGGAAUGAUUUUUUUCUAAUUUGUUGCUAUAGUAACAUAUAAAUUUUUCAUAUGUUGAGCCAUCUUCAUUAUUCCUGGAAUGACCUUAAUCAUGUUGAAGGUGUAGUUGAAUUAAUAUGCUGUUGAUUCUUUUCAGCAAGUAGUUUAUUUAGAAUUUUCACAUCUAUGGUUAAAAGAAAAAUAGGUCUAUGAUUUUUGUUUGUCUUGCUUUUUGAGUCAUAUGUCCUCAAAAAACUAGCAUGGAAAACUAUUUGGGAAUCCUACCUACUUUUUUUCCUAUGAUCUGUAAUAUUUUAAAUACUAUAUCAAUUCUCUGUUCUUUGAAGGCUAGACAAAAUUCAACUUCAAAAGCAUAUUUUGGUUCCUUCUAUAAUUAUAUAUAUAUAAUUCUAAUCAUAUAUAUAAUAUAUAUGGUUAGAUAGAAUUUUUAUUGAAAUAUAGUUGAUUUAUAAUGUGUCUGUUUCAGGUGUACAGCAAAGUAAUUCUGUUAUACACGUAUAAUCAUAAUAGUAUGCUUUUACUAAUUUUUUUCGUACUACAUCUUAUAGAUUGUAUAGACUCUCUACCUCCUCUUCUGUAAAUUUUGAUCUUUUAUAUUUUGCUAAAAUUAGUCAAUUUUCUCCCUAUUUAUAAAUGUAUUACUUUACAGUAGUAUAAAUUAUUCUCUCUGUAAUUAUUUUCAUAUUUUUAGCUAAUGUUUUCAUUCAUGCAUUCAUGUUUCCACCCCCUCCACUUAUCCACCGACUAUUCAAUCCAUUUACUCACCUCUUCAUCCACUCACCUUGCCCUCCAUUGACAUACCUUUCAACUUAUGUCUUUGCGCCCAUCCUUUCACCCAUAUAUCCAUCCACUUAUCCUUCUCACUCAUCUUCCUUUUUCCUGUCCAGCUGCCUAUUUUAUAUCCAGCCUUUCUUCCAUCUACCCAUUAUCCACCUACUUACCUUUCACACACACUGUCUUCUCUCACACCCAUCAACAUACUUCUCCCUCACUUCUACACCCAUCUUUCCUCCAUACACCUACCAAUCACUCAUAUAUUUUCCAUUCAAACAGCUUCCAUCAAUAUACCCAUUCAUCACAUUGCUAAACACCCUUAGUCCAAUCCAAUUUACUUCUUCACCCAGCCAUUCAUCCACCCAUCCAAGUCCAUGCAUUCAUACACCCAAAGAUUCAUGCUACCCUCACCCAUUCUUCUUCCUACUCAUCCAACCAUCUUCCCAUUCAUCAUGAGCUAUCUAUCCAUCCAUAUAUCUAUUUACUAACUUCUCCACCUACCUUUCUUAUCCAACAGAAUGUACUGAGUGCUUAUUCUGGGCCUAUUUAUAUUCUAAGCCCUAGGUUCUAGACACAGACCUGUUCAAUGGGGCUCAGAGUUUAUUUGGGGAAACAAACAUGAAAUUCAGUAAUUAAGUUAGAGGCACAGGGAACAACAUAGAAAGCCAGUGGCAGGAAGUCAGCAUGUGACAAGUCUUGGUCUGAUGAACAAUCAGGAACUUCCAGGUGGAAGGCCAUCUACCUUGGUGUUUUUUGGAGUCUCUGAUUCUGAGCACAGGUGGGUCCUAGAACAGAAGUGUGGCUGAGGCAGAGGCAGAGCACUAUGACCAUCAGUGGGAGGAGAUACUGUGUGGUCCUUGGACCUGCCAUAUACCCUCCAGGACUUGUGAGUAAUAAAUCUUGUUCUUCAAAGUUCUGUUAAAAAACGAAUUCAACUAAGUACAUUUGAAGAUUGAAUUGACUUUAUUAGGUAAUUGAUGAAUCAGGCAGCAUCCCAUCUAACAACUAGAAGGGUGCUCUGAGGGGUUGCACAAAAUGGAAGGUUUUAUAGGAAGAAGAGUGGGGCAAGGAAACUAUAAGCAAAAGAAAAGAAAGGAUUACUUUUAGGCCAGGGCAUCUUUUUUUGAAGGGAAGAGAACCAAGGUCUUAUCAUGCAGACUACUUCUUGGGGUAGUGGUGGUGGGUAGAGAAUGGAGAGGGCCCACAUGACAGGCUACCGCAUUGGUGCCAACCAGAGAAUUCCAGACUGAGUGAUUAAUAUUGCAUUUCUGAUGUAGGUCAAAACUGCAAUUAGGUUAGGUAUUAAAUCUGGGCUUGUUAUAAUGGGCUUUAGCAUAAGUGAUGCCAUUUGGGGCCUGUGGUUUUUCUCUUUAACAGUCCCCUAAUGGUUUUGCAGAGAUGAGUCCUUCAGUCAUCAUAAGAACCCCCAGGGCUGGUCCAGGCGCAACAUUGGCCCCUGUGGUGGUGCAAGGCUGUCUGUGGGGCUCUCUAUACAUAAAUAGAAGCUACGUGAAUGCCUCGGGCAUUCCUAGCCAAGAACGUCAUGAUCAACAGGCUGAGACCCACCCAACACAUUCCCACAGGGGCUCUGUCUGUGAUCCUAAAUUUUGGGAUCAUAGAGUCAGUCAUUGAUGAUAGGGUUGGUUUUUGUCUGGCUUCUCCAUCAGGUAGGAGAAAUUGGAGAACAAAGCUUGGCCUAAAAGUGCAACAUCUAGCUAGGGAAGGGAAUGGGGACUCUACAGAUGACAUUUACUCUUUGAAGAAUCUCUCUUCAACAGACCAGGACUGAUUGAUUGACUGGCUGGUAUUGUGGAUUCUGUGGCCGGAGGAAAGCUGCCAAGUCCUCCAGCACCCUCUCUGUCUCUCUUCCGUAGCUCUUCCACUAGCCCGGUUAGAAAUAGCAAUUCUGCUGUGUUAUUGACCUUUAUUGAGUUGUAGUCUCUCAGGCAGGUCUCCUCACUUCACAGUUUCUCCUCAGACAACAGGGAGUUUGCUCUCGAUGUUGAAUGCUCCCUGUAAGCUCUGAUAUCCUCUCCAGCUCUCAGAACAACACAACCUUCACAAACACUAUCUGCAAACUCUGCUAUCAGCCUGCUUCCUCCUCCCUGCCCCACUCUGUGGCAACAUCUUUACCCUUUGGUCUUAGUCAAGGGAUAUGAGUGACCUAAAAAGAGAAGAGAGGAUGGGAGGAAAGUGUGAGAGAAAGUGAGAGAGAGAGAGACAUAGAGACCAUAGGAGACUCACAGAAGCAAAGAGAUACCAAGAGAACAACAGACACACAUUGAUCAGAGACAAAAACAAACAAACAAAUAAACAAAAACUGGUGUGCCACUUAGUGUGCAGGUGAAAAGGAAAGUGAAUGGAGAAUGAGGACAUUCUACAAUUCUCAAAGUUAUCAAGAUGGAGACUCCUGAUGGUGGCAUUCAUUCCUAAGGUAGCCUGGAAAGUGAAAUAAGAUUUGCCUGCUUCCCCUGGUUGACCAGAAGGCCUACCCCAGUCGAGGGGGCUAUGGAUCAAGAGUCAUUCAAUAAGAGACCCUUGCCUAGGAGUGUGGGCUGUAGAUGCCAGCUAGUCACAUUGAUAAUCUCAGGAACUUGGCGUUCCCAUGAGGAGAGGGGGUGGCUGGCUUGACUCCAGCUCUUGUAUCCGAGAUACUGACUACUGAAGGACUAGGGUGGACAAAGACAGCCAGACAUUUUCAUGCUCUGGAACCACUGGAGAGGUCAGAUUUCCUUCAGAAUGGAGUCUUCUGGACUUUUGAGCAUCCUGGUGCUAUCCAUCCUUCUAGUGAAUGUCCAGGGAUAUGGUCUCACUGACUGGCUCUUUCCCAGGAGAUGCCCCAGAGUCCAAGAGAACUGUGCAUUCAGAGAAAGGGAUGAAUGUACGAGGGACAGACAGUGCCCGAACCACCAGAAGUGUUGCGUCUUCAGCUGUGGGAAAAAAUGUGUAAACCUCCAGAAAGACAUAUGCAGCAUGCCCACAGAACCUGGUCCCUGCAUGGCUUUUCUCCGUCGUUGGUGGUAUAACAAGACCAGUAAUUCGUGCUCCAUCUUCAUCUACGGUGGCUGCAAAGGAAACAAUAACAACUUCCAAUCCCAAGCCAUAUGCGAGAACUUCUGUCCCCCAAAAAAGAUGGUUACAUCCUUGACAGACCAGGUGCAGACAGAACCAACUCUGACCAGGAGGCUCUAAUUCCUCAAUUAUGAGGACAUACCGAAACAACCACCAGGAUUUGGCUCGUGAUUCAAGGCUCUGUCCAUGUUCCUGACAGAUGCUCCAGGCUGGCUUCCACUCAUCCACUCCCAGCGUUCCAAGGCCUCAGCUCCUCACAAAACUGAACCCCAGGAUCUGUCUCCACUUCCUCCAUCUCAGCCUCUUUUUUGACAUAACAUCCCUCUGUUUUGAUCCCAUCUCUAUGCUUCUUUCCUUUCUGUCCAAAUUCUAGAACCCCUUGCUUAUACCUAGGUGAAGCUCCCCCUUUUGCCCCCUAAUAAAGCACUUUGUUUAGU